AUGUUUAAUCGUGAACGAAUUAUAAGCAAAACAUCCACGUUUGACCGUUAUUUUGAUGUUGUCUUUCUGGUGAUUCAGAUACGUUUGGGUUCAAUAACAAAUAAUUCGUCGGAUAUUUCAGGUAGUGGAAUUGAUAUUGAUAGUGUUCCAAAUAAUGCACAACAAUUAAUGAUGAAUAGUAUAAGUCCGAAAGCGGAAAAAAGAGCGCUACAUCGUUUAGUUGAAAACAAAGACAACAUACUACGUGGCGUCAAUCGAAGCUUACGUGGGGAAUUUGGGAUUAAUAUUUGUAAAAAUGUCAAACCGUCAAAUGAAGAUAAUUCAUCCGAACUGAAACAGAAUGUUGUUGAAUUUAUGAAUUGUGAUAAUGUGCCCAAAGUUUGUCUGGAUGUAAAGAUGCAUAAAGGUGUUCCAAUUCGUUAUCGACCUCAUAAUUUAAAUGUUUUACAUAAACAAUUCCAAGCUGAAACUGGGACAUCAUGUUCAUAUUCUAUGUUUUGCCAAUACAUACCGCCAAAUAUUAAAAAACCGAAUGUGAACGACUGGAGGACAUGUCUUUGCAUGUUAUGUCUUAAUCCUCAAAUGAAAUUGGAGAAAUUAAUUCGAAUGAACACGAUCAAUAAUACUGAUACAGAUUUACAUAACGUCAUCAAAGAUGAUUUAAAAUUUGAAGAGUUUUUGAAAAAAAUAAAAUUAUUAGAAAAACAAAAAGUUACAAUCACAUAA